AUGUCGAACUACAACUACAACAACAACAACCGCAACAACAACCGGAACAACAACCGGAACAACAACAACCGGAACAACAAUAACUGGAAUAACAACAAUAACAACAAUACUAACAAUCGCAACAACAACGAUAACUGGAAAAAUAACAACUGGAACAACAACAAUAAUAACAACAAUAAUAAUCGCAACAGCAACAACAACAACAACUGGAACAAUAACAACAAUAACAACAACCACAACAAUAACAAUACCAAAAACAACAACAACAACAACCGUCUCUCUGUGCACGAACUCCAGCAGGACAAGGAGGUCCUCAACCAUCUCCGCGACAGCAAUGAGUCGCCUGAAGUUAAGGCGGAGUGGUUCUACCAGACACUCAACCAGAACAAGUCGCAGCUGACCCAGGAGGAGCAGCAUGCGGUUGAUCUCGACACGGAGAACAACCAACUCAAGAACCAGCUGCUAGCGCUGACCAAUGCCCUGACCGAAACAGAGAAGCAAUGGCGCCACAAAGAGCAGGCGUUGCGCCAAGAGCUCCAGGAGAGCAAGAAAAAGAGCAAACGGCACGAGAAGAACUUUAUCAAGUCGAAAAGGGAGAACGCCAAUCUGAAAGUGAGGACCGCGAAGCAAGAAGAGCUGUUUAAUCAGGCCCGGGAGAGGUGUCGACAGAUGGGCCAAAAUUCCAAGCAUCGUGAUAAGAGCUUGAAAGACUUGCAGAACCAGCUUGUGCGAUACAGCAAGGAAGCAGGAGAGGCGAAAAAGGAACUGCAUGAAAGUCUGCAGAGAAACAGCUAUAGUGACGCAAGCGUCGAAUCGCUGAACGACAAGUUGGAGGAGGAGAAUUCGUGUCUGAAUGAGAAGCUCCGCCGUGCAGUUCGAAUGGCAAGUGCCCAGGACGACGCCCUGUACCUGGUUGCGAAGGGCAAGUCAAAGGAAGAGAUACAGAACAACAACAAAAAGAAUGGCAAGAAUAACAGCAAAAGAAAUAGCCAACAAGACGACGAGAUGGUUGAUGUCCUGGAUGAAACGAGCCAAAGUCAAGCCCUGCAGGGAUUCAGCCAGCGAUUAGCGGCCUUUUCUAACUACGCAAAAAACUCCUUCGGGUUUGAUACAGCCCACAAUCAUGACAUGGCGGAGUCGUCGGCGGACCCGCAUAAUGACCCCCAGCCUGGGGAGAAAUGGUGGCACGCGGGGGAGCCAGAGACUGAGGAGGAGAAGAAAAAGAGAAAGAAGCGGGAGAUCCCCGCGAGCAUGGUUGCCCAGCUCUGGAACCAACCCCGUGAGAACAUGCUGGUGGAUCAGGGGUCCAGCGUGUGGGUGGAAGAGCCCCGGGUGCCGCUCUACCUGCCGCCGACCCCGACUGAGCCUCGAUUCGAGGCGAGAUCGCGUAAGCGGGGGUUCGCGGACUUCAAUCUGGAUGGCGAAGCCAUGGCUCCGGACCCUAUCCUGGAGAUGGGCGACCGCCUCAAGCGCAUGCGCAUGGGCGACUUGGAAUUCGACUUCGAGUGGCCGUCCCAGGCGCCGGAGAGCGGAUUCAUGGCCAUCACGAAGAUGCUGGACGACAUGAACAUCUCGCGGACCUAUCUCGAUGAGAUCACCCCGGAGACGGCGCUCGAGCAGUUCCUGGUGGUCAUCCAGACCGCGAUGACGACGGAGAUACAGCGGACGCCGACGAUCGAGGAGCUCCUCGAGAAAGUGGUCUGGUACCUGAAGGAGGCCUCGGCCGUCAACUUCGGCCAGCUCCAGAGCCGGCUGCAGGACCAGAAAGCGCACCCAGCACCACCCCCACCGCCCUUGGUCCCCGAGGCGCGGGUCAUCUCCGUCAAGCAGCCAACCGAGCAGGCGUCUACAGCCCCGACCAAGGUCCUCCCGCGCGAGAAGACCAAGUUCGUCGGCCCCAGCUACCUCCCGCCCACGCACAAGCCCACCAUGCUCCGCAGCAGCUUCCCCACCACCGCCAAGGAAUGGACGAAGCUGUCCGCCAACCAAGACUACCGGGAGGAGGCCGAGGUCAAGAAACCCGCCGACCCGUCUGAGUACGAGUAUGUCCUCCAGCCCCACGAGGUGCGGGACUUCCGGAAGUUCAGCGGCGCGAUCGACUUCGACCCGCCGAAGAAGCGCAUCUGGCUGCGGCGGCUCGGCUACGUCGGGGGGUUCUGCGCCUUGGCCUACAUCGCUCUGUGCCGAUACAAGACGGCGCAGAAUCCGGUCUCGCCCUGGAUGGACUCCAAUGAGGUGCCCCUGCAGCUCUUGCAGGUGUUGCGUAAGACCCACUUCGACGAGCGCGAGAUCGUGCAGAUCAUGCGGUAUGGUGCGGCGAAAUUCGCGGAUCUCAAUCCGGGGAUGCUGGGCUGA